GUGAUAGUGAGAUUGCUAUGAACUAUUUAAAGCUAGAUCAAGCUUUGGACAAACUCCAUCUCAUAAUUUGGAACCACAGGCAUAACCCGUGCAAAGGAAUUCCACCGCACAUGUUACUGGUCUCAACGAUUUGAACUAAAGGGGAGCCGCACACUGUCCCAACACAGCUGCCGCAGAACUUAAAAACCCAAGAGUACUAAAGUAAUAAACAGUUUUGCUUGUAAGUAAUCAGCAGGGAUGUUGUUACAGGGGAGUUUAAAAGCAAUGAAGAGGAAGCAGCUUUUCUGGAUAAUCUAUGUUCUGAGCUUGAUGGACAAUAAAGUUUCUGGUGAAAAUAACCACAGCUCAUCAGCCACUACCUCACCUUCAGCGAUGAAUGCUACUAGCACCAGUCUAACACCAGCAACGACAACUGUCACUCUCACAGAAACGAAGAUCUCCUUGGAGCCUACAAAUAUUUCACCAGCACCAGAAGGAAAAGAAAGUACUGCUGAAACGACCAAAAUGACUGAAGACACCAGCACUGCGACUUCCGCAGGACCCACCCAAACACACAUGCAUGUGUCAUACCAGUCAGUGUCAAUGAACACAUCUCCCGAUUUGCAGCCGAACACAUCAAAGGCUCCUUUCAGUACGACCGCACGAGCCACUACUGUCCUCACAGAGCAAACUUCCCACUCAGCUACCACAGGACCCCAGCCUAGUAGCACCAUGGAGCCCUACACCAUCGCUUGCCAGAAUAUUAAACAUGUGAAGAAGCCCAGAGUGAUCUGCUUGCAUCUCCAUGAGCCCGACACAUGUAAUAAUUUUGUAAAGGCAAAGGGAGCAAAUUUAAGUAUGGUGAUUUGUGACACAGCCGCACGCAACAAUCUCUUCUCUUCUCCGCCAUGCCACAUUGAACUCGCCAAAUCCGAGGUGGAUCCCUUCUGCAUGCUGCUCAUUCAGGCUGGCAGUAAAGAUGCAGAUGCAAUAGAAAAGCUCCUCCGACAUCCAACGUCUGAUCUGACUAAGCUUGGAAUAAAAUCCCAUACACUGGAGAGUCCUGGAUAUCACCAGAACAGUCCCCGGAAGACACUGAUUGCCUUGGUCACAUCUGGACUCUUGCUGGCGUUUCUGAGUUUGGCUGGAUACUUCCUUAUGAAACGACGGAGUUGGAGCCCCAGGGGAGAGAGGCUGGAUGAAGACCUCUAUUACACUGAAAAUGGUAGCCAAGGAAACACAGUAAUCACCGUGGCCUCCCAAGAGCAGUCCGAGCCUCAGGAGAAGCCAAAUCACAACAGAGAGGCUCAGAAGAAUGGGACUGGACAGGCAUCCUCAAAAAAUGGACAUUCAGCCAGGCAGCACAUUGUUGCUGACACUGAACUGUGAAAUGUGCCAGGGUGACUGCCUUUAUUAUCAUGAUUUGAAGCCCGGGGGGGGGGGGAGGGGGGGAGAAGAGACAGGAGCAGGGGGUAAGGGAGAGAUUAUCCCUUGGAUGGCUGGGAAAAUGUAACCCUUUUUUAUCUGAAGAACUCCAAAGUCCCACUCUAAAGCACACUAAAUCCCAGAGCUAACGAAGCACUGUGCUGUACAGUGUUGAACUAUCCUAGCAAGGUGCUUCUAGGGGUUAAUACAGGGCUAGGGUUGUGGGCUAGGUUCUUUGCUCUUCCUUUAGCAGAAGAGAAUGGGAUGUGAUCAGCAGUCAAACCACCCAAGCAAGGGAUUGGGAAAAUAUUUGGAAAUUCAGAACUAUGUCAGCUUUGUAAGAAAUUGGCUUGAUACUGAUUUUACUUGGGAAGGGAAGGGAGCGAGGAGAGGGUUUAAUCCUUCAUGAGCUGAUGGAGCAUUUUACUGUCUCUUGUUAAAGACACAUGCUAUUAACCUAGCUUUCAGGCCUCCGAGUGGAGAAUCGGGGGCUGUCUGCGUAAGAGACACUUCCAAAAAAUGGGGAAAUGGCCUCCCCUUACUAUCUUCUGAACUACAAAAGUGAAUGCCCCAAAACUGCAAGUCGCACCCAUUUACCACCCCUAUGGUUCUGUGCUCUCAUUGUUAUAUGUUUAAAAAAAAAAAAAAAAGGGGGGUCAUAUAGCAACUGAAUUGCUUCUAAUGAGAUAUGGGCUCAAGCCAGAAAAACCUGGAUCCAGAUUACAAACAACUCCAAAUUCCAGCAGGGGCUUGGGCCCAUUACAAUAUAUGGAUCUGGGUUGUGAUUACCAUCACCUCCGAAGUUGUAAUGUCUUUCGCUGUGAUGGUUUGGUUUAGCCUCAUCUUUGUAUUUAAGUGCAGCCUUUUCCUCUCUCAGCAACAUUAGUAAGUGAACGCCCCUUCUUGUGCUUUAUAUCCUCUCAAUGUUUAAUGCUCUUGUGGAACUUGUAUGUAAAGCUUUCCAGGUGGAGUCUGGUGCUGAGAUGUGAAUAGACUUGGAGUUGAAUUAUUAUUCCCUCCCCCUACAGCAUAUGUAUAGUUGUUUUGCAGUGAACCCUCUAGUGUCUGGCUCCCAUAGAUUGGAGGCAUUAGUUGAAGGUGAAGGGAGUGAUCAAUCUGUGUGUGUGUGUACAAGAGCAUAUGACACUGCUCUAGACAACGCACCCCACUCCACGUGCUUGUAACAGUACUGUCGAGUCAUGUGGAAGGAGCUGGCAUUGUUACCCAACAUGAGGCCUUGGAAAUAUGUAGAUAUCAAAGACUUCCUAAAAGAAUCCAAAAAUUGUCAAGGGAAAGAAACCUCAAUCCUGCUUUGGAUGUUUGGCCUUCCCUAGUAAUAGGGGGUUGUAUUAAAAAAGAAAACAUACAGGGGAAAGAUUUUUCACUUUCAAGAACAAAGAAAAGGCCUCUCAGCAACCAUGAAGUUUUAAGACCAGGAGCAAUCUCUACCUCCUCAUGAGCUUGAGAUUGUGCUCUUGGAAAAAGUGGUUUAAGUCAAGCCCAUUCUGCGUGGGUCAGGAGUCACAUAUCAUUCAGUAAAGAGUGAAGUCCAACAGACUUAUGUCUGGAUUCACUUCGUAGGAUGGAGCCAGUCCCCAUGAACGUUUGCUGCCUGUAGCCUUUGUGGCUCCUAGUCUCCUGACUGAGCAAGCCACAGUUUGGCUAGCUCCAGGUGGAGACCUCUAUCAAUGGGACCAGUAUUAUUAUAGCAGCUACAGCCCUGCCCUGGGCACAGCCUGCGGGAUGGGAGAGCACGUAUGUGUAAAGGGAAAAGAAAUUUAAUUGAAGAAAGGGGACUGGCUGGCUCAGUGGCUUUCACCUCUAUGUCACGGAUUCCAAUGAAGCCCAGGUUGGUGGUUGACCAGAGACAUUGCUAUAUGAUCCAUGUAUUGGUGGCCCAUAUACAAUGAGUAGGGGACUCAUAGGACAGUGAGUAGAGGACACACCAUCACCACUGGCAUUAACAGACUCCAUUCUUGGCAGCUUCAGCAUUGGGGCUGAAGACUAAUAGGCCUGGAAAACUGACAUACCCUCUCGCUACUAAAUGUUAUUGCCAUUCCUUGUCAAGACUGAGACACACAGGUGUCUGGGGUGUGGCGAAGGGCUGCUUUGGGCCUGACUCAUACUAUGCUUAACAAGAAGGAUUUAAAUUUAAAUUUCAAGUUCUGUCAAUCAGGCCCUUUUCACCAGCACUGAAGUCCUGUAAAAAUACAAAAACUAUUUGAUUUUAAAUUUUGUUUGUUUUCUUUUUUUACAAACAGAUCUGUAAAUACUGUCCGUAAAAGAGCUGAGAAUUGAACCCAGCUUUUCUGUUGUAUUCUUGAAACAAUGGACUGUUUAUUCCAUUGGCAACUGUGUCUGGCUCAGUUAACUGCCUGGACAAAGAAAGGAAUGUACUGCCUUCUGAGAAGUUGCUUUCCCGUAGAAAUAGCAUAAGUAAAAGAUGUUUCUUAUUCUUUG